AAAAUGGCGCUUAGACAGUAUAUUAACGAUUUACUUGAACAACCAAACGAGAACCUUGAAAUAAUGAAACAUGAAUGGGCUCGUUUCAGGUCGUUCGAAAAUUUCCCCAUGGCCUCUUCAAUGAGUCCAUUGAAAUUAGCUCAAAGUGGAUUUUAUUAUUUAGGUCAUGGGGAAGAGGUUAAAUGUGCUUUUUGUGGUCUUACCCUAUCUGCUACACAGAGACAUGUAUCGAUUCAUGAAACUCACAACCGCUUGAGCCCUGGUUGCAGGUUUGUAAACGGUCAAACGUUCUCAAACGUCCCGAUUUUGCACGGCGAGCCUGAGAAUCCUGCUACAGAGGUAAGCCAUUCUUGUACACAGGAGUCUCAGGCGGCAAGGGACACAACCAGCGGCCACAGCAGUGGAGCCUUGGAUCCGACAGCAGAACGGUACUCAUUUACAAAUAUGAGCAAAUACACGCAGUACGCUUCGAGGGAGGCUCGUAUAUUGACCUUUCAGCUUUGGGGGUACAACCCCAUUGUGACCCCAGAUGAUCUCGCAGAUGCGGGCCUUUUUCAUACAGGCGAAGAUGACUGUGUCCGAUGCUAUCAUUGCGGUGGAGGAAUGAAGAACUGGGAACCCGGGGACCAUCCUCUCACUGAGCAUGCGAACUGGUUUCCACACUGUGAGUUUAUCAAGAUGAAAUCAGCAGCUUUAGCGAGAUCUGGUGGCCAAAAUGGGUCAUCGUCAGAUGCCGAUGAAACCCGACAUCAAAAAGCAAGCACAAGCGAAUGCCUUAGAACAUCUGACAGACACAACAACACACGGCUUGAACAACACAGCAACACACGGUCUGAACAACACAACAACCCACGGUCUGACCAAUACAGCAACAUACUUUCUGAACAACACAGCAACACACAAUCUGAACACCGCAACCCACGGUCUGAACAUCACAGCAGCCCACGGCCUGAACAUCACAGCAACCCACGGUCUGAACAUCACAGCAGCCCACAGCCUGAACAUCACAGCAACCAACGGUCUGAACAUCACAGCAGCCCACGGCCUGAACAUCACAACAACCCACGGUCUGAACAUCACAGCAACCUACGGUCUGAACAACACAGCAACCUACGGUCUGAACAUCACAACAACACACCGUCUGAACACAACGACAGCAGACUGUAUGAACUGAACGAAAUCACACGAUCUGAACUCAACAGCUCCCAGUCUGAUCACAACAACACACAAUCUGAACAGGCUUCAACUAGGAAUAAGAAACCAUGCCAUAGAGGAGUGCAGAAAGAGAACGAUGCGUUGAAGCAACAGAUGAUGUGUAAAAUAUGUAUGGACAAAGAUGCCACAAUAGUGUUCUUGCCCUGUGGGCACAUGGUGGCCUGUGUGGACUGUGCACAUGCUCUAAGAAAAUGCCCCAUUUGUAGACAUGUUAUUAAAGGGGCUGUUAGAGCAUUUAAAACUUGAUAUGUGUGAUAAGUGUUAUAUUUUAUAGUGUUAUAUAAUUUUGGUACAAUAUCAAUUUGAUCAUUGAAUUUUGAUCAUUGCAAUAGAUGCAAAAGUGCAAUACAUUUACUCGUACGUGUAUUAUACUUGAGUUUGAACUCAUACAGAGCUUCAUUUAAUACAUCCAAUGAUGCUUUAACUGAAUUCAAAUCGUUAUGUUCAAUUUCAAGAAAUAUGUAUAUUUGCCAAUUUAACACCUAUGCUCAAGCUAUCACGGUGUUGGAAACAGGUGAAGAAUGAUGAUAAUAUCAUUUAAACCCAUUAGUUAGUCUUGUAGGCAGGGGAUGUAAUGUGUCAUAAGGUGUCCAAUACACGAGUCGUUUGGCUUACGCUGAUCCAGUCUUACUUUGGUAUCUCUCGAAAAGGUUUGUGUAUGAGAAAAACAAUAUGUAAAAACGAUAUAUAAACGAAACCACAAACAAGAAAUUGUGUUCCCGAAAGGACUAAAUUAAACCUUAUAACGUCUGGAACUAAUUUACUAUCUGCAAAAACUUUAUCUAUAAUGAAUCUCCGUUCAUUUAUCGAUAAACAGCAAGCUUAUUUGUGGAUCGAUUACCUUAAAUGCCGAAGUAGCCAAUUUGUCACAAUAACGCAUUUUCAGAAUCCACUUGAUUUGGCAUUGUUUGAUCGAUUACCUUAUCGUAAUUUAAGCUUUAAAUGUUGAUUUUAUCUUGUAAUUUAAAUUUCCUGAAGGCCAUCCGGGGAGAAUGACAUCCAUUUUAAAAUCUAUGACACAUUUUACCGAUAUAGUUGAAGAAAAUAAUGCAAAAAAG